AUGCCUCACAGCACAGAGUCCCUCAAGCUCAACAGCAAGAACCUGUCUCAGAUCUCAUCUCAGCAAGGAGACCGGACGGUGAAGACCCCGACCUACGAGCGCGAUGGCUUGAAGGAGGGCAUCGUCCACGUCGGCGUCGGCGGCUUCCACAGAGCUCAUCUGGCCGUCUACCUCGACCAAUUGAUGCAGAAGCAUGGCCAGCGUGACUGGGCCAUUUGCGGUGUCGGUCUGCGGCCCAACGAUGCCGCCAUGCGCGACGUCCUGGAGGCUCAGGACUACCUCUACACCCUCGUCGAGCGCUCCGCCAAGGGCAGCUUCGCCAACGUCAUCGGCAGCAUCAACUCCUUCCUCUACGCGCCCGACAACCGCGAGGCUGUCAUCGCCAAGAUGGCUCAUCCGGACACUCACAUCGUUUCUCUGACCAUCACGGAGAGCGGCUACUACUACAACGAGAACACGCACGAGCUGCAGGCCGACCACCCCGACAUCAAGCAAGACCUGGAGAAUGAGAACGCCCCCGUGAGCACGUUCGGCUUCCUGUACGCCGCGCUCGCUAGGCGUCACGCCCAGGGCAUGAAGCCCUUCACCGUCAUGUCCUGCGACAACAUGCAGAAGAACGGCUCCAUCACCCGCCACAUGCUCCAGUCCUUCGCGCGCCUCCGCGACCCGGAGGUCGCCAAGUGGAUCGCCGAGGAGGGCGCCUUCCCCAACGCCAUGGUCGACCGCAUCACCCCCAGCACCACCCAGAACGACAUCAAGUCGCUGACGGAGCACUUCGGCGUCGAGGACGCCUGGCCCGUCGUCACCGAGCCCUUCAUGCAGUGGGUCAUCGAGGACAAGUUCUGCGACGGCCGCCCGCCCUUCGAGAAGGUCGGCGUCCAGGUCGUCGAGGGCGUCCACGAGGUCGAGCAGUUCGAGAAGCACAAGCUCCGCCUCCUCAACGCCAGCCACUCCGCCAUGGCCUACCCCGGCCAGCUCGCCGGCUUCAAGUACGUCCACGAGGUCAUGGAGCACCCCGUCUACCGCCAGUUCGUCUGGCAGAUGAUGCAGGAGGAGGUCAAGCCCCUCCUCCCCGAGAUCCCCGGCGUCGACAUCGACCAGUACUGCGAGACCCUCAUGGAGCGCUUCUCCAACCCCACCAUCAUGGACGGCAUCCCCCGCGUCGCCCUCGGCGCCUCCGGCAAAAUCCCCCAGUUCAUCAUGCCCUCCAUCGCCGAGCAGAUCUGGGUCACCGGCCCCUUCCGCCGCCUCUGCUUCGUCGCCGGCGCCUGGUUCCGCUACAUCAACGGCGUCGACGACAAGGGCGAGAAGUUCGAGGUCGACGACCCCAUGCGCGAGGAGCUGCAGGCCCUGGCCAGGGCCGGCGGCAACGACCCCCGCCAGCUGCUCACCGUCAAGGUGCUCUUCGGCGACGACCUGCGCGGCGACCAGCGCUUCGUCGACGAGGUCACCAAGGCCAUGGAGCUCAUCGCCAAGGACGGCGUCAUGGCGACCCUCCCCAAGUACGUCAACUAG